AUGGAGCUUCCCUUCACAUCGUUUACAGCUCCUAAUCCUCCAACGACGUUGUUGUGUGGCAAACUCGGCCUCUGCCAUUUUCCUGCGACGAGAAAGAGGAGGAGGGCGCUGUUCGACGGAGCUUCUAGGGUUUCGGUACCGGCGGUUAGGGGCUCGGGGGAGCAACGCAGCAGUGAAGGCAUUGAUGGAAGAGACGGAGAGAGUCGGGGAGGAGGGUUCACGAGCCCUGCCAUGGAGGUCACCACAUUUAAUUCGAGCUUCGGCGAAGCUGAGUUCCCUGUUUGGGAAAAGAUUGGUGCUGUUGUUAGACUUAGCUAUGGAAUAGGUAUAUAUGGUGCAAUGGCUGUGGUAGGAAGAUUUAUAUGCUCCGUCACGGGGAUCGAUAGCAUGGGAGGUUUCCAAGUAUCUUUAGAUGCAAUUGUACAAGGGCUUGGAUAUGCAGCUCCACCAAUCAUGGCCCUUCUCUUUAUACUAGAUGAUGAAGUUGUAAAGUUAUCGCCACAUGCUCGUGCUAUUAGAGAUGUAGAGGAUGAGGAACUCCGAAGCUUCUUUUAUGGAAUGUCACCUUUGCAGUUUAUACUAAUUGUUGCCGCAAGCUCCGUGGGUGAGGAGCUUUUCUACAGGGCAGCUGUUCAGGGAUCGUUGGCUGAUAUAUUUCUUAGGGGCACAGAUCUGGUCACAGAUGCUCGAGGAAUGGCGUCUCUGACCGGAUUUUUCCCCCCAUUUGUCCCUUUUGCUCAGGCAUUUGCUGCGGUGAUUACAGCUGCUCUUACAGGUUCUCUGUACUAUGUAGCAGCCUCUCCAAAAGAUCCUGAUUAUGUAGUUGCACCAGUUUUACCAUCUCGCUCUGGUCGUGAAGAGAUGAAAAAGCUGUUUGCAGCUUGGUAUCAGAGGAGGCAAAUGAAGAAGAUCUACUCUCCCCUGCUUGAAGGACAUCUGGCCCUAUAUCUUGGUUUUGAGUGGAUGCAGACAAAUAAUAUUCUUGCGCCCAUGAUCACACAUGGCAUAUACUCUGCUGUGAUAUUGGGUCAUGGCCUCUUGAAGAUACAUGAUCAUCGGAGAAGACUACGCCAGAGAAUCGAACACCUUAAAGUAGAUGGCAAAAAGUAA